CCUGUCCCCAUCACCGCGGAGGGGUCAUCUGCUGCCCUGGCUUUUCCCAGCCCUGGAUGCUCGAGGAGAGCCAGGCGCGCCUCCACCAGGAAAUUCCUGGCCCUGGGCCCCGUGCUCCGUCACCAGCCAGGGAAACGCGGGGCCCAACGUGGCCGCCCCUGCCUCAGUUUCCCCCAGGCACACGGGGCAUUUUAGGGUGAAUGAACCCCUUUUCCCUAUGCUGGCGCCUCCCCAUCCCCGUGGCCUGGCUGCAGGCACUGCGUGGGGUCCGGGCCAGGGGAAAAAGCGCCAAAUAUUAACAAGCAUUUCCUUGCCCGGGACCUUCAGCCCGGCUCAAGUCUGUGCGUGGCCCCUUGCGGUUAAUUAUUCACCUCUUCCGGGAGCCUUAAAUGCUGUUGUCUCUUUGCAGCCUGGCGAUGAUCCUCGCUGGCUCUUUGCAGGGAUUUUGGGGCUCUUCCCAGUGUCCUUUUUGGGGCAGCUGAGCUGGGACGUGCUCCAGUGAACCCAGGAGUCCGACUGCGGGUUUUGGGGCCGGGUGACCUGGGACAGGGCUGUCUGUGUCCCAGCUGCGGGAGAUGCUCUGAGCCAAUUUUCACAACCUCAUGCAGAGGCUCCUGGUGCCACUUUGUGGCUUUGACCUAAACGUUUGGGGGGAUUUUUGCUUUUCAACAGGAUUAACCUUCGAAACGGGCUCAGAUCAUGGGGGCUUUUGCAUGUAAAACAGCCUUUGCUUUGCUCUCGGCAGCUUUGGGACUGUUACAUUCUCCACUGACGGCUUGUAGCUCUGGUUGUGGCUGCUUCGGGGUGUUCUCUGUCGCCGUGGGGCCUGCAAUGUACCCGGGCUUUUCCCGGGAGGUGGGACGCAACAGGGAAAAGGUGUCGCAAGCCCUGACCUCACCUGUCACCUGGUCCCUGCGGGUGCAGAGCACCCGACCCGUUAGGUGCUGCCCCCCGGGAUCUAAGCGCCAGUGUGGUAAUUGCUGCUGCACAGCCCUUAUCUGCGGUCUCGUCUAUUUAAAUCAGGAUUGCUCCAGGGCCGGCACGCUCCCGCCUUUGCUGCCUUGCGAAACGUUUCCUCCUCCCCGGGCAGCCGUUUCUCCACUCUCGCCUUGGGGCCACGACGCCCCGCGCCUCGCUCUGCUGCCGAUGUGGCGAUCCAGCGUGCCCAGGACCCGCUCCAGGGUUUUCCGGCCGACAGGAGCGUUCGCUGGCAGGGUGUCCCUCAGUCAAACACGGGGCCAGGCGCCGCUGAGCAUGUUUCAGACCUUGUACAGCUACUUCUGGUGGGAACGGCUCUGGCUGCCGGCAAACCUCACCUGGGCUGACCUGGAGGACCGCGAUGGGCGAGUCUACGCCAAAGCCUCCGACCUCUACAUCACCCUCCCCUUGGCCUUCCUCUUCCUCGUCAUCCGGCACCUCUUCGAGACGUAUGUGGCCACCCCUUUGGCUGGGCUGCUGAAUGUCAAGGAGAAGAUCAGGUUAAAAGCCACCCCAAAUGCUGUGCUGGAGAAAUUUUAUGUGGCCACCACCAAGCACCCCAAGCAGGCGGCAGGGACCGAUGUGGAGAUGCUCUCGAAGAAGAGCGGCUGCACAGUGCGGCAGGUGGAGCGCUGGUUUCGCCGCCGGCGCAACCAGGACCGACCCAGCUUGCUGAAGAAGUUCAGAGAGGCCAGUUGGCGAUUCACGUUUUACCUUAUUGCUUUCAUUGCUGGCAUGGCUGUCAUAGUAGAUAAGCCCUGGUUCUAUGACCUCCGGGAGGUGUGGAAGGGAUACCCCAUCCAGAGCAUGCUGCCCUCCCAGUAUUGGUACUACAUGAUUGAGCUCUCCUUCUACUGGUCCCUGCUCUUCAGCAUCGCCUCCGACGUCAAGCGCAAGGACUUCAAAGAGCAAAUCAUCCACCAUGUUGCCACCAUCAUCCUCAUCAGCUUCUCCUGGUUUGCCAACUACAUCCGCGCAGGGACGCUCAUCAUGGCCCUGCACGACUCCUCCGACUACCUGCUGGAGUCGGCCAAGAUGUUCAACUACGCUGGCUGGAGGAACACCUGUAACAACAUCUUCAUCGUCUUUGCUGCCGUAUUCAUCAUCACCCGCCUGGUCAUCCUGCCCUUCUGGAUUAUGCACUGCACAGUGGUUUAUCCGCUGGAUCUCUACCCUGCCUUCUUUGGCUACUAUUUCUUCAACUUCAUGAUGGUGGUGCUGCAGUCGCUGCACAUCUUCUGGGCCUACCUCAUCAUCCGCAUGGCCCAGAAGUUCAUAACUGGAAAGGUGGUGGAGGAUGAGAGGAGUGACCGCGAAGAGACAGACGACACGGAGGAGGAGGAGGAGGUGGUGGCGGCAAAGAACGGGCCCCUCUCCAACGGCCACCCCAUCCUCAACAACAACCACCGCAAAACCGACUGAGCACCCUCGCCCCACGGCUGCUCAGCCGGCCCCAGCUGGCAGGGGUGGCCGGGGGCCUGCAGGAGGCCAAACCCGUGAGAUGUCAAAUCCCACCCUGCCACUGUCAUGUAGCGCCAAGGUCCCCAUCCCCUCCCUGCGCCCUCCCUCAUCUCUCCUCCCUGGUCCAGCAGAGCAAGCCGGGACCCCUGGAGAGCCCAUCUCGCCUCCCUGGUACCCUCCAAGGGGUCCACGGCUUUGGGGACAGCAGCGGUCACUGGUUCUCCAUAUCACGCUCACCGUUCGUGCCCUUUCUGUCUUUCACCCACUGCCUUAAUCCGCUGUGGUGCCAGCACACCCCGGGGGAGGCAGAGCAGGGAUGGCUCCCCUCUGGGACAGCUCCUUCCCCUAUCUGUGGCAGAGAGCUCGGCUCUAGCCCUGUGGUGGGCUUGAGCCCUGGUUUAUCUCCCCUUCCCCUUGCUGGAGGGGAGCCCUUCCCACAGCAGGCCUUCCUGCCUCUUCCCAGUGCCAACCCUGUGCAAGAAGGGUUCAGAAAAGCCCCUUCCCUGUCUGGCUUCACUGCCAGCACGGAGCAGGAUCUACCGAGGGAGGAUCGAAGUUUGAUGGGGAGGGACAGUCGCCAGCGGGGGACACAUGGGCUGGUGCAGUCCGGGCUCCGGUGCCCUCGGCGAUCCACGAGGUGGGAGCAGAUGAAGUAGUCCUGGGUGUUUUAGUGGCUGAAAUAUUAGACAACACUAUGGAGUACUCGGGGGGAAGGAAGCUGUAGGGUUUAGUCACUACUAAUGUCUCGGGGAGGAGUUGUUUCCUCUUAUUUCCUCUUCUGUAAAUGGGUUUCGAUUGCCUUGAGUCUGUCCCUCUCUGUGGCCUCACCUGGUCCCCUCCCCAGCUGUAACAGGACAACUUCAUGACUGAUUUUUGUUUCUAUUUAUUUGGAAGAUAGAAGGAGCCGGGCCUGGCUAUGCCUCCUGCAUCCGCCCGUCUGCAGGGCAAAGCUGGACAUAGCGAGACCUCCCAGCACAGAGGGGUGGGGGGAAAAGGA